AUGGCCGACUUUACCUCAUUCUGUCAACAGAUCAACUGCUCACGCGCCAGAAACCUUGCCACAUCAGUCAUGGGCGUCAACGGACUCCCAGGAGAGAUAAAGAACGCGACGGGCAUUGCGCCGACGAAAAUGAACGGCAAGGAAUUUCACGUCGACAUGAACGGUACCUACUACGGGUUGAUGAAGGCGCGAGCCUACUCUGUCGUACAAAAGUACACGACCACGCUGACGCGCAACACCGAGCCCGCCAACCUGCACAUGCCACAGAUGGAGGAUGCGCCAGAGCGACCCGAGUCGACAGACUCUGCCUCUCCAGACCCGAACGAUGCCCAGGCGGACCUUCUGAGACGUGCGAACAUGCUCUUUGGUCUCAAAGAUAAGCUUGCUAUGGUGACGAGUGGACCCAACAGCCCCGACUCUGUCGUCGUUGACAAAGAUGGGAUGUUACAGGAUGGCACGGACCAACAGAGAGUUAUGUUCUUCGGUCACAUUGCAGAUGAACUGUACAGGAAGCUUUCUCAGUUCUGUACUCCCGAAGACGAAUCUGUCACCCUUCACUUCGAUGGAGAGCCAUCCAUUCAGAAACAGGCGGAGCACCGAGCUCGCGACGACAAGCUGCGUAAGGGCACCGACGCACUUCACCAAGCAAUCGAACAAGCACGUGUAGUGGGUGGAUCUCGUCGAAAGGCUGCUUACAAACGGUGCAGGAAUCUCUACAAGCCAACAACCGUAAUUCAAGGAGAAGUUAUAGCGGAGUUGAUCAAAAAGUACGACUGCCAUGUAUGCCUCUGCCGCUUUCAGUCGGAUACUUGCAUUGCUAAGCUUUGUGCCCAGUCUCUGAAUCCCCAGGACAUCAUUGUUGUCUCCGGUGAUUCGGACUUGAUUUGUUUCGGGGCUGUGCCGAGAGUGUUGUAUCCGAUCGGCAAGUCAAGAGAGCUCACUCUUUUCGAAAAGGAUGCGAUUUUGGAGGUCCUCGAUUUGCCUUCGGAGCGGCAUUUACUACUCGCGGCUGUUGUGACGGGCAACGACUACACCCGGGGAGUGCCAUAUUUCGGGAUCAAGAAGAUCUGCGAGAUUAUUCGGGAAAUGGAGCUACCCGGCUCUGACGUCGAAUCGUUUCAUUGGUACGUCCACGAGUUUCUCGUUCGAGUGCGACACCAGCUUCUUUCCGAGAGAGUCCCUCGGAAGAAACGAAAACGAAUCGACUCGCAGCUAUCGGUUACGGUUGACGACUUCGAGCAUGCUUUAUCUGCCUUUGUGGGCGUCCAGGAAGAUGCCGUAUCCUCCGUUGAUCAGAACCCACACCCUCAGCCUUUUACCAGUCAACAGCACACAUCGAUUGAGCAGGGAGGGCAGCGAGACUGUAAUGCGCACGAGAUUGUCAUGAGGGCACUGCUCGAUCUUGAGUACCAGAAGGUUGCAGAGGCUCAGGCACGUGCGGCAAUGGGAUCCACACCACCGAUGGAGGACAAGAAGCCGGCUCCCAAAACGAAUGUAAAUCGGACCAGGACAGCGAAAACGCAGCGAGCUCGCCGGGAGGCAGCGAAAAGGAACAGGAAACGUAAAAAAUGGAGGAAAUCCAGGUUCAAGUCUCGCACUGACAAUCAGGUUCGGUACUCUCCCCACAGAGUCAGUGAUCCGUCGACAGCCACCCCUGUUUCUGAUAAUCAACUGUCGACAAUGUCCCCGUCACAACCAAAAAAGCGACCCGUCGACAAGCAGCCCAAGGCUGUUGAAGAUUCGCCUUCAGCAUCCUCGUCAUCGUCGACAGACCGCUCGUCGAAGAACAAAAGACGGAAGGCGUCAUCCAAGAAAAAACUCGCGAGACCACGCGACAUCGAUGCAACCCCAACAGCACCAAAACUUAUGGACGCUUUCAAGUUUGCUUUUCCGACGAUAACUCAGACAGUUGGUUCCUUGAAAGGAUGCCUGCGCCGUAGCCUUCGACCCCUCGGGAUCUCUGAUGACCAAGUCGACACCAUUGCGAGCCGCCUGGAGAAGGCCACGAGCCUGAUCAAUGAAGCUCGUCCCCACUGCAAGAAGUCCGAGUCCAUCCGUGCUCGAGAGCUCGCACAGAGGGUCUAUGCCCGAUACAAGACGAUCAUUCCCCACUUUUCGCCCAUUAACACUACCGACAUCCCCCUGGGCGACAUGCAGAUGGAGUUUGGACUUGCCACGAUGAUGGUAAAACUGGGAUGGAGCAAAGACAUCAUACCUCUCGUUGACGGAGACGUGCCUCCUGAAGCCCAACGACAGCAGGACGACGACGCUCUAGACGAAUCUCCAACGACUGAGCCCCUGGGAUCAGACGAAUAUGCGGCCGACGACGACGGAUGCUACAAGUUCAAGGCGGGCUUUCUCGGGGAUUGGUGGGACCACUUACUCUCGCUACCUGCAGAGAAGCGACCUGUGUUCUGUCCUCAGCCGAAGCUUCGGGGUGCGUUUGUGAUGAUACCGGAGCGAGCAGUGUGGAGAAUUCUAUGGGGAGGAACUGCGAGGAACAAUCCAGCCAAGACGAUCGUGGAGACGAUUUUGAGUCGCGCGGAGGCGUCGGAUUGUGUUGAUUCGGACUAUGGAAAAGUGCUUGAGACGCUUUUCUAUGGGCGAAGAAGACCCGUUGGCCACGACAACGACGGAGGACCAGACCUGAGACGGACACCCUACGCAAAACGGACGACAAGAAUGGCAGAACUUGCGGAAGGUGAUCCUUCUAGGUUUGGUUAUCGGUCAUUGCAGGACUACUGUAACAGGAAGCUGGCCUACCUUCGAGCUGCUGCGAACUGUCGGGAUGAAGGAGUACCAUGUACGCAAUCACCGCCAGAGUUUCCCGCCAACCCCAGUACAAAAUCACGCUAUGCUUUGAACAAUAUGAUUCGAAGUAACGGCUUGGAGCUGCAGGUCCUCGCCUACGACACCAAACACGAGCCACAUGGAGCCCUGGAUCCAGUCAUGCGUAUCGAAAAAGUCUUGCCUGAUGAGGACGCUAUCGCCAGGAUAUUCCAGGGAAAAAUACCACAAUGUCGCGGGUGGGACCCUGGGGAGUUGGUGACGGCGGCUUUAUGUCUGAUCGAGCACGAACGUGAGUGGAAUGGAGCACCAGACCCUGGGGAUCCACCUGUGACCAACCUAAUGAUACGUCGAGCAGCUUUAUACUCUCCCACCACUGCAGCGCGAUCCGAAAGAGAGAGAGUCAAAAACAGGAAGCUUCAAGUGGUGCCGGGCGAGAGUAUCGAUGGAGGAAUUUGGGCGAGGGGUGUCGAUCCAAAGGGAGCCAGGACAGACGUACAGUCCAUCCAGGAGAUCGAAAGUUGUUUGCCCCCAAAAGGCCAAGUAACCGUGGAGGAUUUCGAGGAUGCUGUUCGUGUCAGAGUGUCUACGGAGCCCUUGCUUCGGGAGUUUGAAGGCUCACUACGCAUGAAAAAAGCCGCCUGGGAGGAGAAGAAAGCCGUUCGUGCCGAACUGGAUAUGGCUGUGGCUGCAAUCCUGCGCUUUUGUGGACCGGAGCCGUGUCUUAUUGCUAUUGGCAACGGCAAGUUUCGAACGGGGAUAAACUUGGCUUCCAAGCAUGAGACAUUACAGAGUCAUUUUGCCAAGAAGGUCCUCAGACGGUUGUUCUAUGCAAUCGCCCUUGCUUGCGGGAUGGGGUUGAUGAUCCGUGUACACAACAUCAUGCUCUAUCGACUGAUAAUCACCAAAAAGAUCGAGGGCUACACGAAUCUCAAAGUUGUCGAGAAACCCCCUGUCUGCCCCUUGCUCCGAGGUGCCACAGUCUGCGUCCAUUCAGAAGCAAGCAAGGCUGCCUUAGUCGACAUUUGCGGUGACUUCUCAGCUUCGAUUGGCAGCUGCCAAGACGAAACUUAUGGAUCUAUCGUCACCACCAAGGACCACAUCGGCGACGUCAGCGAAUACACCUUUAGGAUCAUUGUUCAAGGAGAAGGGUCGGAACUCGGAGAUGCCGUCGACAAGUUUGUCCAAAGGCGGUCUCGAUGGAUAGUUGAUAUCAUGCAAGGCGAUGGAUACGAGCUAUUGACGACAUUCGACGACCCCCGCCGUAGCGCCUUUAUGUCACAACUAGAUCUUAUUCAACACCGAUGUGCCAACUUCUUCAACGGAGCAACCAACGAACACGGAUUUGGAUCCAAAUGGCACACAGUAGCUCUGGGUCUCUCUUUCGGUCUGUACCGCAACAUGACCCUGAUGACCCCCGAAGUUCUCAGCAACUUUAUACCUCUGACAUCAUGCACCGAAGCAGACAUGGAGCGAGCAUUCAAGAACACCCCUCCGGAGCAUCUAUUCGCCAACUGGAACGAGUCGACCAUCAAUUUCCAGACAAUUGGCACUGACCUCUAUGAUAUGGUCGGCCAGUCAUACCCCAAGACGAAAACGCCUGGAUUUGAGGACAAGGACCCAUUCUGGUUAAGAACUAUGGUGGUCUACUACGCCACCCGACCCAAUUAUCAGUUCCGAGAGCAGUUUCGACGGCAUUCUCCGAUCCGGACUCCUUGCAUGUCUGUUCAUGUGCGACACGCUGACAAGUCUUCGGAGGCAGCGCCUUUGGAGUUUCCCGAUUACAUGGGCAAGGCUGAGGAGUACAAGAGCGAGACUGGGGUUUCGAACAUCUACAUCAUGUCGGACGACGGCGAAGUCAUAAAGUCUACUGAGCAGUACAAGAACUUCCGAUUUCAGUACCUGGACGUCCCUAGGCCGAACGAAGCGUGGUACGACGAAAGGGAUCGAGGCGUUCCUAUGGAUAUGCUCGAGAGAGAUUUCCUGCUGGAUGUUUACGCUGCCGCCCAAUGUGAGCAUCAGAUCCUCACCUAUUCAAGUAACGUUGGCAGAUUGAUCGGCGAGCUCUCGUACGCUAUACGCAAUAAGGAGCCGUCCUUGAUUUCGCUAGAUCGAGAGUGGUUGAUGUGGCCCUGA